AACCUUAUACUUGGAAGAGAAUUUCAUCUUUAUGGAAUGCAUAUCAAGUACUGGACGCAUUAACAAUGGCAGUCUGGCAUUUAAUAAUGCAAAAAUAGUUUUGCGAAAAUUGGCACAAUUUCAUGCUACUUCAUUGGUGUAUUUAAAAGAGCUUCCCGUAGAUGAUGUUAUAUCUGAGACUUCGCCCCUAUUGGCUAAUGAUGAGGUGGAAACCCGCAUGAAUGCUGCCAUUAAAACUAUAGAAGCAUACUGGCCCGAAUUUAAAGAAAUCGCUACAAAAAAUGCGCAGCUGUGUGGAAACAUUUCGCAAACGUUUAACUCAUCUGUUGGAUAA